AUGGCAAACAUUACCGCAGACAUCGAAAAGGCAGACGGCAAAGCCGCAACUGAGGUCCACGAUAGUGGAAGCAGUGGGCAGGAUGCCUGUUCAGUCCGCGAUGAUCAUGUUGAGCAACAUGCUUCUUUGCUAGCUCGCAGCUGGCAAUUUCUGUAUCUCGAGUUGACCGAGACGAGAGGGGUUCAGCGGGUACCACCAGAGGAAAGGCAGGAGCCAUCCGUCUCGAGAUACGUCCAGAUGAUAUCUCUCUGGGCCAGUGCGAACCUCACGGCCAACCAUGUCACCCUCGGGCUUCUCGGACCCAGCGUGUACGGACUCUCGUUUUUGGAUUCAGCACUCUGCGCGACUUUCGGCGUGAUUGUUGGAUCAGCUUGUACUGGCUACAUUGCGACGUUUGGACCGCAAUCUGGUAAUAGGUCUAUGAUUAUUGCCCGGUACACCAUGGGCUGGUGGCCCAGUCGUAUAUGCGCGCUGCUCAACAUCGUCAUCAUGUUUGGCUAUGGCUGCAUCGACACGAUCAUCGGUGGCCAGGUACUUUCUGCCGUCGCCGAUGGAGAGGUUUCGGUUGUUGCUGGAGUGGUCAUUAUUGCUGUAAUCUGCUGGCUGAUCACAGUCCUCGGGAUGCCCGUGAUUCACACGUAUGAGAAAUAUGCUUGGAUUCCUCAGGCCGCUGUCUUGCUCAUUCUGGCCGGCUGCGCAGGACCCCACUUCGAUAUCAUAAGCCCCUCUACCGGUAAUACAGCGACGAUCGCCGGCAAUCGCCUGUCAAUGUUCGCACUGUGUCUCAGUGCACCAUCUUCUUGGGCCUCAGCAGGUGCUGACUUUUAUGUUUACUUCGCUGAAGACACCUCCAGGUCCAUGACGUUCCUGUUGACCUGGCUGGGAGAGACUUUGGGGUAUAUGUUUGCGCUCUUGCUGGGAAUCGGUCUGGCCACCGGCAUACCCCAUCAGCAGAACUGGGCGGCAGCGGACGACAUCAGUCCGGGUGCGGUUCUCGUGGCUGGCUUCGAUCCCCUGAAUCGCUUUGGCAAAUUCUGUGCCGUCGUGCUCAUGCUUGGCGUGAUCGCCAACAACGUCCCGGGAACUUAUGCGUGUGGAUUGGGCUUUCAAUGUCUGGGCUCUUGGCCGCUGAAGGUGCCCAGAAUUUUCUGUACGACUUUGAGCGUCAUCAUAUACACGAUAUGCGGAGCUGUCGGACGUAAUCACCUGUACGACAUCUUCCAGAACUUCUUAUCCCUGAUGGGAUACUGGAUCACGAUAUGGAUCGUCCUCACGCUGGAAGAGCAGCUCAUCUUCCGUCGGAAGUCUGGAUAUAACUGGGCGGACUGGAACACCAAGUCGAAGCUACCCAUAGGACUCGCGGCUUUGGCGGCUUUCCUCAUCGGAUGGGCGGGCGCAGUACUUUGCAUGAAUCAAGUGUAUUAUGUUGGACCGAUUUCCAACCUCAUCGGCGAUGACGGUUCUGAUAUGGGAUUGUUUGUUGGUUCCAGCUGGGCUGCUUUGUUGUUCCCACCGCUGCGGUAUUUGGAGUUGAAGUAUAUUGGCCGCUGA